AUGGGGUCCCUCUUUAAGCUGCGAGAUCACUGGUACAACAGCUACCGAGGGGAGGAGUUUAGUCACACGUCGGUGAUAACGCUUGGGAACGCAGACAACGACCCCGAUGGUGAGAAUGGAAUCAUAUUUGGGUCCUUCUCCGGGACACUGCGAGUGCUGCGGCCGACAAAGAAGGGCGCGAUGCAACCGGAAGACACUCUUCUAGAAAAGGAGUUUGGAGCGCCUAUUCUACAGCUCGCGUGUCGGCCUUUGGAACCUGUCACUGGUGGUCAAGCAAGAAACUUGAUAGCAGUUUUGUUUCCGAACCAGUUAGUGUUGGCCCGCCUGUUUUGCGAGCGGAACACGGAGACAAGAGGCGACACCACCAGCACUUUUCUCAGUACAUUGUAUCGGCUUACGGUUUGCUAUGAAGCACGUCUGGAGAGCACCGCGUAUAAUUUCACAUGCGGCACGUUUGGCCAUGCAGCCCAUGAAAUGGUAUGCGUUCAGUCCAUGGACGGACGACUCACCAUUGUGAAUCACAAGUCGAUUGUGUUUCAGUGUUUUCUUCCAAAAUCAGAUUUUUUACUGCCGGGGUGUUUCGCGUACUGUCCGCAGCGAGAUUACUUCCUGACAAACAACUCAGCUAUGAACCUCCUAUGUUACUCCUUUGCUACCCUCACCAGCAAUCGGGUGCGUCUAGAGCCACACACGAGCACCGAUAAGAACGACGUUGCAAACCCUUGUGGAGACGCUAUUUGCCCCUCGUGGACGUUUCCGCUGGGGGAGGAUGCUGUAGGGAUUGAGGUUUGUCGCCACACCCGUGGACUGAGUGCGGAGGAUGCCGAUAUCGUGGUGUUGUGCCAUUACACCUUGUUUGUUUUACGCCUUAGCGGGGAGAUGCGCUUUUCGAGGCGUCUGGAUGUGGAGACGCUGUGUCUUACCUCGUAUCCUGUUCCUGGCGCUGACGCCUGCAAUCUUCUUAUUGGCACAGUGAAGGGCUCCGUAAACGUUUACUCUGACACCUCGCUUGACUGGAGCGCCAAAAUGACCACGGGUGCCCCUCAGUGUCUUGUCGUUGGGGAACUUCUUAAAACAAAAGGAAUGAUUGUGGCACUUAGCACCGACGGCACAAUGGCCGUCAACUAUCUAGGAACCGACCCUGAGGAAGAUCCCAUUCAGCCGCUAGAAAGCAAGGCGUCGGAUUACGCUGAAAUGGAGCGUGAACUGCGACGCACGCUGCAUGCGAUCAAGCAGACCAUUGGUGGCGAUAAAUCAUCAGUAGAGGAGAAGGCCACAGUGGAAGGAUCCCUGCGAGUUGAGUGGGAGGCUCCACCAAGCGACGUUGUGGAUAGGGAAGGCGCGAUUACGGUGUCUCUAGUUUUUUCCAACACACGCGUCACGGAGCCUGUGGGAGAGGUGACAAUUGCAGUGCAUGUCGUGGAGCCUGUCCAUGUUGAUGCUCCCCAACGUACGUUGGAGAAUGUUCCAGCAGGUCAGGUGGUGCGCGUUCCUUUCCGUUUCGAUGCACAAAACAAUGCCGACAUGAUUAUGCCUUCGUCGCUUGAAGCACGUGCAGUUGUGAUGUAUGCAUCCAGGAAUAACAUAAUAUGUACAGCGAGCGCCACAGUACAUCUUCCUUUAGCCCUUGUGGCCCGCCCUGUUCCUCCCGUGAGAAGUGUGCAUUUUGUCAUGCAACUCAACACCAAUAAAGACGUUCCUCCUUCCUUAUUUGACCUUUUUCCAGAGAUGUCAUACUCCGUGGAUAUUACUCCAAACUUACUGUCAGUUGAAUAUGUAAAUGGGGCAGAUGCAACGCUUUUAGUUUCUAAAAAUGUUUGCCGGUUUCGUUUACACGCGUCAACCAUGGAAGCGCUUUGGAUUCUUGCCGAUGAGCUUCAAAGACGACUUUGUGCGCAUUAUGGCUCCGCGGUACAAUUCACUGUGCCGGAUCCACUUCCAUUAGAGGGGUAUUAUAGUGUCAUUGAUACCCACCUUGCCGUGAGGAAGGAACUGAUAGAGGCACAAGAGGCAUUAACACGUGCCGCACAAAUGUUCCGCGCUGUACAAAAACGUUUACUCUUCCUCUUCCGGGAACCUAAUCCUGCACCAGCGGGGAUGAUGGAAGUGCUACUUGAAGAGAGCUAUGCAAACCUACAGAAGUGCGCAGACGGUGUAGGUAGGGCCACACCAAGACUUAAACAGGCGGCGGCGAUGCUGUCUUCUUGUUCCAGGCUUAUUGUUAUGCAGCUGCUUAUCAAGUGUCAAGAGACGCUUAAGGAUCCCAAAAUGAAAGACAUUUUAGUGUCUAUUUUCACUUGUGCCAUUGACGACGAUGGUGGUGUUAGUUGGGAAGAACUAACAGACAAAACCCUGGGUCAUAUUCUCCAGUCUUCCGAGGGAGAAGGCCUUGCUGCUACGGAAAUAGGAGGCGCAGCUACUUCGCAUGAUACCAUAUGCGGCAAACCUGACGGCGAUCGCCUAAAGAAACGUAUUUCUGCAUUGUUUGAUCGUCUUCUUGGCGGGAAGCAGGUAUCAAUCUUUUUGUAG